GAAAGGUUACCGAUUUCAGGCUGUGAAGGAAAUCCCAACAAGUUCGAAACAUUUGAACUAUGUCAGAAAACAUGCGAAGUGUCAGGACUAGAUCCAUGUCUGGAACCUUUGGACAGAGGAAGCUGGUGUGAGGCAAUGUCAAACAGAUACUAUUUCAACAAGCGUUCACGGCAAUGUAAAGGUUUCCAUUACACUGGAUGCGGUAAAAGUGGAAACAACUUCCUCUCCAAAGAAGAAUGUCAUGAAAAAUGCGAGAAACGGUACCCGCGCAGUGUCGCUAUACCUGCAACUCCUGUCGCACAACGAGGCAAAGGAAAAAAGAAGCCACCUCCAGCUGGUUAUUCUGGCAAGAAACCCGAGGAAAUGCCGUCGAUGCUGAGACACGUUGUGCUUGAUGGUGUCAACCAAACCUAUUACAAGAGUGAUCCUGAAUGGGCGAAUUAUGGACUCUGUCUCGGUUACAGGUUAGAAAGUUCGUGGAGUCGUCCAUCACAACUUUCGCGGAUGAGUGAAAAUCUGCGAGGAAUUAUUAGGGAGGCAGGUCUCGCAAAGGUAACUCACGCAUUAUGCGACGAGGUGUUCACUACUCACGAAGGGCUGGCCCUUCGUCUGGAGCAUACUCUGGUCGCGAAGUUGGAGGGACGAAAGAAGCCUAAGCAAUACGAGAUGAGGGAGGAAUAA